AUGGUUCUUUCUUGUAUACAUCGUUCUAUCUCUGAAUCGAUUGUAAAAUCCGUUCUCUGGAUUGACAACGCUACUGGUCUUUGGAAGAAUUUGCAGAUUUGCUUCACGCACAGUAAUAUCUUCCGCAUUUCAGACAUACAAGAAGAUCUUUACAAAUUUCGCCAGGGUAAUUUCGAUGUCUCAAACUACUUUACUCAAUUGAAAUUUUUUUGGGAUGAAUUAGAAAAUUAUCGCCCUAUUCCCACUUGUUCUUGUGUUAUACCCUGUACAUGUGGUGCCCUAGCUUCUGUUAAAACCUAUGGAGAACAAGAUUAUGUUAUCAGAUUUCUCAAAGAAAGAAAGCUGCACAGUUCUAUAUCUGAAUCUCUUAUCACCAAUGACAAUGGUGAAGAAGCUACAACUUUAAACGCCAGUCAUAAUCCAGGCAAUGCUGGCAGCAAAAAUGGCAACAAUGGAUUUAAGGGAAAGAAUCAUAAUUUCAACAAUUCAAAAGGUUACAAUAAGGAAUCAACUCAACAGGAAUCAGCUGCACCUUUUUUUGGCUUUACUCAAAAGCAGUAUCUCAAUAUUCUGGAAUUACUUCAACAAUCAAAGAUAACCACUCAAGCCAAAGCCAACUCUAUCAUCACUUCACCUUUUGUCCUCAACUCACAUUCAUCCAAUACAAGUGGUAAGAACUCUAAUCUUUGGAUUCUAGACACAGCACCUUGUGAUGCUUGCCACUUUAGUAAACAAAGAAGAUUGCCUUUUCCUAAUGAUGUUACUCAUUCUACCGCUCCUUUUGAGAUUUUACAUGCUGAUUUAUGGGGGCCAUUUUCUACUAUUUCUAUAUUUACCUAUUUUUAUAUGCGGACAAUAUCUCAACGGCAUGUUCUAGAUAUGAUGAGAUUAGUAAGCUCAAAGGGAAUCUAA